AUGUCUGUGGUGGGCUUCGAUUUCGGUAAUGUAAGCAGUUUCAUCGCUGUGGCACGUCAAGGUGGUAUCGAAACAAUUGCGAAUGAUUACUCUUUGCGAGCCACUCCAUCCUGUGUGGCAUUCACAACUCGAGGGCGUUUGAUGGGUGUUGCCGCUCGGCAGCAGUUGAAUACGAACAUUAAAAACACCAUUAUCAAUUUUAAACACCUAUUGGGGCGAAAAUUUAGUGAUAAAAUCACUCAGAAAUACCGCAAGUUCAUACCAUGUGAAAUGGUUCAGUUACCUAAUGAUGAUAUUGGAUUCAAGGUUCAAUAUUUUGACGAAGAGCGAGUUCUUACCCCAGAACAAGUGGUAGCGAUAUUUCUAGUUAAAUUAAAGGAUAUCGCAGAAAAUAGUUCACAAAUGAAGAAUGUCGCCGAUUGCGUUAUUUCGGUGCCAUUUUAUUUUGUUGACGCUCAGCGACGCGCUUUACUGACAGCCAUUCGAGUAGCAGGCUUAAAUUGCUUGCAGAUUCUUAACGAAACCACAUCUGUUGCUCUCGCAUAUGGCAUUUAUAAACAGGAUUUACCAGCGGAGAACGAACCACCUCGCAUUGUAGCAUUUAUCGACGUGGGGCAUUCUGCUGCGCAAGCUGUACUUGUUGCAUAUAACAAAGGCAAACUCACUGUACUUGGUGCAACAUUUGAUCUCGAAGUUGGAGGCCUGGCUUUUGACGAUGUGAUACGAGAUUACUUCAGCAAACUGUUCUCUGAUACCUACAAGAUCGAUGUUGCAAGUAAUAAACGGGCAUGGUUCCGACUUCUUGAUGAGUGCGAAAAAAUUAAAAAACAAAUGUCGACAAAUAGUACAGCUAUACCACUGAAUAUUGAAUGUUUUAUGAAUGAUAUGGAUGUCACUGGAAACAUGCAACGCUCGCAGUUUGAAGAGCUCGCACAACCCCUUCUAGAUCGCGUGCGUGUUUUGCUAACAAAGUUGCUCAAAGAAUGUGGAAAGAAAGCGGAAGAAGUGGAGUCGGUUGAAUUGAUUGGCGGUAGUUCUCGCAUUCCGGCCAUUAAAAAGAUUACUUUUGAAGUGUUCGGGAAAGAACCGAAAACUACGAUGAACCAGGAUGAGGCUGUAGCUCGAGGUGCUGCGAUGAAAUGUGCUAUUCUUUCGCCAGUGUUUAAAGUUCGGGACUUUUCAGUCAAAGACAGUCAACCGUAUAGAAUUAAACUUUCAUGGGCAGCAAUCGGACAAAGUGAAGGAGGCGAGAAUGAUGUAUUUAUUGAGCAUGACGAAUUUCCCUAUUCCAAAAUGCUCACUCUUUAUCGACAGGAAGCAUUUCAAGUUGAUGCCACUUAUUCAUGUCCUAAUCAAGUUCCACAUCCGAUACGACAUAUGGGUUCGUGGGUUGUUAAAAAUCUUACACCUGGACCAAACAACGAACCAAGGAAAGUGAAAGUAAAAGUUCGAAUCAAUCCUAAUGGUAUCUUCUCAGUCUGCUCGGCGAACACUUUUGAAACCGUCGAAGCAAGUCCACUUGAUACUCAGAUUCACAAAGCACCUGAAGCGAUGGAAACUGAUGAUACCAAAAGAGAUAAGGAAGAAAAUGCAGAUGCAACAACUAGUAAUGUCAUACCUCCUGCUGAAGAUCAGAAAUUACUGAAUAAUAAUGGGCAAAAGACUAAGACAAUUGCAAUGGAUUUGCCGGUUGAAGAACAUAUCCCACAUAUUAUUGCCAACGAACUACAGUUCAUGCAAUUCGAGAAAGAAAUGCAAGGAAAAGACAGAGUGGAAAAAGAGAAAGCAGAUGCGAAAAAUGCUGUUGAAGAAUAUGUUUAUUAUAUACGAGACAAAUUAUCGGAUGUGUUCGCAGAAUUUAUUUCUGAUGACGAUGCCGAGAAACUGCGAGAAUUAUUAACCAAAACAGAAGAUUGGCUUUAUGACGAAGGAGAAGAUGUUGAAAAAAAAGUGUAUGACGCUAAGAUGUCUGAGCUAAAGAAACUGGGCGAUCCUGUUCAUGAACGACAUCGUGAAUAUGAAAAUCGAAAGAAUGCUUUCGAUGAGUUUGAUCGAGCUAUUAUGAGAGCGCGUAAAGCUUACGAUGAGUAUACAAAAGGAAGUGAGAAAUAUGCACAUCUUGGAUCAACUGACAUGGAAAAGGUAAUAUCUAUAGUGGAAGAGAAAAAAAAAUGGGUGGAUGAUCAAAGAAGUCGACAGGAAAUGCGCAAAAAAACUGAACCUCCAAUCGUUUUCGUCCAUCAGAUACAAGAUGAGCAGCAGAAACUCGAGAGUAUUAUUUUACCGAUACUGAACAAACCAAAGCCACCGCCGCCAGCAAAGGCAGAACCUACAAAGGAACCAGAAAAAGGAAGUGAAGGUCAGAAAGGCGAGAAUCUGGCUUCUGAUCGGGCACCGGAAGCUGAUGCUGGCAACAUAAAUGAGCCUGGAAUGGAGGUCGAUUAA